AUGAUAUUGUUCCAGGGGAAAGAAUACGGACGCCUCAAAAGCUCUGCUUCAUCAUUCUCGCAUUCAUUCACGAGAGCACGCCGUCUGCCGAUACCUACUCAUCGAGUUAUAGACCCUGUAGAAGAUUGUUUUCUGGUAACAUCUGAAGAGGGUGAAUUGUUUUUCAAGUCGCCGUCGGACGAGCCGACAGUGUGCGGCAUUUAUAUGAUAGCUGAUCCAGACAAGCGGAUCCAGGUUUCAUUCAACUACGUCGACGUGCCGUGUGAAAACGGUGGUCUUGUGGCGUGGGUCGAUGGAUGGGAACUGAACGGUCAGGUGUGGCCAGCGGACCUGUGGGACGACGAUCGCGUUGUCGAAUCGUGCGACCGCCGACCACAACGCAAACUAGUGUCGCAUCAAAACGCAGCGUUAAUACAAUACCGUGUACCCGCUCAAGGAAAAGGGUUUGCGGUUACCAUUAGACAUUUGAGAAAUGCUAGACCUUCAGUUGAGGGUAAAACAAUAUUGUCAGUGGCCGAGCGCAUCAACCGUAGGAUCAACACUCGACAGUGCGUAAUGUGUAUGAAGCGUGGUUUGUCAGAUUACGUGGAGAUUGGCGGCGCGAGUGGUCUGGACCACACCAAAAUGGAAGUUCUCGAUAGCGUCUGCGGUUUAGACUCAAACGAAGGUCAUCGUUCAGCCUAUAUAGCCUGCGAAAACACCGUCGUGAGACUUGUAUCGAGUGGGCGUUACCACAACUCGGUAACUCUAGCAUUCGCCCCACUACCUAUAGAGGAUAUCGAACAUUCUGACCUCAUCUGUGGACUCAACGCAUUGUAA